AUGGAGAAGCUGACCAAGUUCUACAAGCUGAUGUACGGUUCAAUGGACACACUUUUUGUCAGUCGGCGCGAGGACCAGUCUCACCGGCAUCGUGACAGUUUGCACAAGAGCAGUCCUUCCGAAAACAGCAACAGCAGCAGUAGCAGCAACGGUAGUCCAGUGAGCGGCUACUCUUCAAUGUCCAAUCUCAGUCAGAUCACUUCGAACAACACAAAAGAUCACAGCGUCGACCAGUCGGCAACACUGCCAAGGGGACUACCGCCACCAGCGUACAUGCAAGCAUCAUCAUCACCACCACCAUCACGGCCAUCAACGGCAACCAUUAGCACACCACCUGCACCAGCCAUAACACUGAACGAAAGUCCAAGUCAAAACUUAUUUUUUGCAAAAAAGCCGAAAAAGAAGCAAUCCUGGCCGGAUGAAUCCUCCAGUACUACCACCACCACCACCAGCACUUCUCACGGCGGUGACUCUGACUCCUGCUACUCUGAUGCUAGCAGCUACUCACUCUCUUUUAGAACGGUGAAUGUUUUCUCCGAGGGAAUGUACCAUUCACCUAGGACUCAUCUAACUGCAGCAGCAGUGUCAGCAGGGUCCACUUCAAUGGCACAACAUCACCCCCCAACUCGACCUUCUCCACUUACCCUUUCUAGAAGACUCUCUCAGUCUAGUCAAAGUUUGCCAUCUAUCGCCAUUGCCAAUGCCAGCAAAACAUCAUCCUCCACACAUAAGGGCUCGUUUACCGAUUUACUGGCCCGAAAGAAGAACAAACAAAAGUCCAAAGCCAAUGGCAAAUCUACGCUCGAGGUGGACAACAAAGGCAGGUCAACAACAACAACAACAACAACAACAGCAACAAAGCUAGGGCAGCACAGUGCCUCUACCUCUCAUCUUCCUAGCUCUACUACCUCUCAGGUGAACAUCGGCUCGGUAAAGGACCUGGUUGAGGUGCUCAUCUACCAGCUACAAGUGCUGGAACGCUGUCAGUCGCAGCUGCAGGUGCAGAACCAAAAUCUGGAACGGGCCAAUAAGGUGUACCACCAGAAGCUGGAGCUGGCCGCCAAGGAGGCGGACCUGGCCAGGCAGAAGGUGGCCAUGCUGGAGGGUGAAGUCUGGCGGUGCUUCCUCUGCUCACGAGACAAAAUUCAGCUGUACUCCGCCGAUGUGGCAGUUGUGGCGCUCACCUGCGGUCACCUGCUCUGCGUCCACUGCGCCAGUGAGCAGCAGCAAGGAGCCAGGUGCUGUCCUAAGUGCUCCCAGCCGUUCACCAUUGAACGGAGAGUUCACCUCUAA